CUUCUCACUUUUCCUCUUUCACAAGCAGUCCCCUCCCUCUCUACCUACUAUCAAACCUCCUUUUGACUAAAAGAACUUCACGACUGGGAGCUGGGUAUCACUUGUUCUAAUCUCUAAUCCAUUUCGCCACCCCUUUUCUUUCUGUAUUUUGAUUAUAAUGGGCAAAUAAGACUUGUUUAUGAAAUGGGUUCCCUUUCUUCCAUAGUUUUAGGUUGAGGCUGUGGGUAAAGAUUUGUUUUUUCUACCUUUUCAUUCUUUUCUGGAGAUGGGUCUGGGUCCUGAUUCUUCCAAACCCAAGUUACAGUUUGAGGUGAAAUCAAAGGGCAACAACAAGCAGAAGAAGAAGCAGAGAGAUGUUGUGGUGGGUAAGAAUAGGUCAGAAGAAGAUUUUGGCUGCUGGAUUAGAUUGAGGCUGAUCGGUGGUUGCAUGCCUUCAAGAUCAAAAGUUGAUAGCUCCUUGAGUGGCAUCACUAAUCAAUAUGCUGAAAGCCAGUCUGCAAAUGAGAAAAGCAAAGACCAACCAGUUGUCCCAGUAUUGUCAUCAACGACUACUAGUAAUCCAGAGAGUACAGCAUCAACACCUAAAUUCAGCGAGGAACUAAGGCUAGCUUCUCAGCUGCGGAAGUUCACUUUCAAUGACCUUAAACUAGCGACUAGGAACUUCAGACCCGAGAGUCUGCUAGGGGAGGGUGGUUUUGGAUGCGUCUUCAAAGGGUGGAUUGAGGAGAAUGGGACUGCUCCAGUUAAACCAGGAACUGGUCUCACUGUUGCAGUGAAAACCCUGAACCAUGAUGGCCUUCAGGGUCAUAAAGAAUGGCUUGCUGAAGUUAAUUUUCUUGGGAACCUUCUCCAUCCGAAUCUGGUCAAGUUGAUUGGUUACUGCAUUGAAGACGACCAAAGGCUGCUGGCGUACGAGUUUAUGCCUCGUGGAAGCUUGGAGAACCAUCUCUUCAGGAAUGCAGCAGGGUCCUUGCCGCUUCCUUGGUCAAUCAGAAUGAAAAUUGCACUUGGUGCUGCUAGAGGUCUUGCAUUUCUUCAUGAAGAAGCUGAAAGACCAGUAAUAUAUCGUGAUUUCAAAACAUCAAACAUCUUAUUGGAUGCGGACUACAAUGCCAAACUUUCCGACUUUGGCCUUGCAAAGGAUGGUCCUGAGGGAGAUAAAACUCAUGUAUCUACACGAGUUAUGGGGACAUAUGGUUAUGCUGCCCCAGAGUAUGUAAUGACUGGACACUUGACGUCAAAGAGUGAUGUAUACAGCUUCGGAGUAGUUUUACUAGAAAUGUUAACUGGCCGGAGAUCCAUGGACAAGAACCGGCCUAAUGGGGAGCACAACCUAGUGGAAUGGGCAAGGCCACAUUUUGCUGACAGAAAAAGGUUCUACAGAUUAUUAGACCCUCGCCUGGAAGGCCAUUUCUCGAUCAAAGGUGCUCAGAAGGCUAUACAACUAGCAGGGCAGUGUCUCAGCCGCGAUCCAAAAGCCAGGCCUAGAAUGAGUGAGGUAGUUGACACAUUAAAGCCUCUACCUAGCUUGAAAGACAUGGCCAGCUCUUCUUACUUCUUCCAAACUAUGCAAGCGGAGCGCAACAAGUCGAACUUGAAUUCCAAGAAUGGGGUUAGAACUCAGGGUGGAUUUAUGACAAGGAACGGUCAAACUCUGAGGAGCUUAUCGAGCUUAAGUGAUGCACGUGCGGCUUCUCCAUACAACCAGCCUUGCAAGUCACCAAAACCUAAUGGGAAGAAGUCAUAGCAGUGGUUGGGUGGGAUCAGAGCAUGUGUUGUUUAUAUAUUAAAAUUUUAGGUCCUAUUGGGUGUGGAUUUGCCACUUCCAUGGUUAAGUAUCAGGAAUUAGAACCAUAGGUGGCCCCCCAUUGGGAUCUUAGGUGAAUGCAUCUUCUUUGUGUAUCUGUGUAAGUAAAAUGACAAAGAUAGCCUCUUUCUUCUCCUGGCCUUCAAAAGUGCGGAGCCUUGGUAUCAGAAGUCCACAGGGGGUGAUCUUGGAAUCAAAGAAAUGGGUAUUAGAGAGCUGGAAUUAGUAGUGUGAUUAACAGCUGCUGGACAUGGUAAGUACAUGGAACAGAAAGUAAAUUUGCUUCUUUUUCGAUAUCUCUUCCCCCCUUUUCUGAAUGUAGUCAUUCAAUGGUGUUUCAUUGACUUGGUCAUCAGUCCUGUUAUUAGCCUUCUCCAUUUCUGUUAAGCUCCUGUUGUUGCUUUCUUCUCCCCUGAAGCUAACUGGUGUCAUUUUUAUAGUUGGAGGAAAUUAUAGAGACUAUAUAUCUGUAAAGAGGAAAGCACACAAAGUGGUGUCGUAAAGUUAUCCUCUUUUUAUCAAAAUCACUCUCGAGUGUUGGCUACAGUUGCAUCCACUGACUGUAAAUUAGUACACUUGCUUUCUGUGUAUUCAAUUUACCCUCCAUUUUUAUGUUCACAUCAUACAAUUGUAUGGAUUGUUGCAGUUUGCAACAUUAUAGAUGGGGGCAAGUAGGGUGGCUGUCAACAUCCCUCCAUGAGAGAGGAGAGGGAGCAAUUUUUAGGUUGCAGUUGCAGUUUAUAUAUGGUUUGUACACACUCUGUAAGCACGAGUCGGUACCAUCUAAUUACUCGAUUGGAUGAACUCAAAUAUUGGAUUGAUGUAAUGACGCUCUUGGCUGUGGAGUUCCGACGAUUGAGAUUGCCUUAUGGUUAUCGAAGUGAGGUCAUCUCGCGCGCUCCUAUAUUUAGAAGAAAUCCAUUUUGAGCACUAAAUAAGAUUAAACAAUGAGUUAAACUUAACAUAUAAGGAGAAGAUGGGGCAAUGCUUUUGGGUGCUUGGAAGUGCGGCAAUCGCAUGUGGUGAUCAAGGAGCGAUUUGGCAAGUUCGAUCAAGUGCUGGAGGCGGGCUUCCACUGCCUCCCUUGGUGGACCGGCUGCACUGCGGCCGGCUACGUCUCCCUCCGCGUUCGCCAGCUUGAUGUCAAAUGUGAAACCAAGACCAAGGACAAUGUGUUUGUGAC